CACCGCUAAAAAGUUCAAGCUCCAAAAUUUUGGCUGAUCCGCCGAACCCCACUAAAAAAACAACAAUUCUCAACUUACAACCAGUCUUUCCCUUAUACUACUACAAAAGCGCAAACGCCAUGAGUUGAUAGAGUUUACAGAGAUCGCAUUAACUCUCUGCAAACUCUAACAACUAUAUUGGUUCCAAUUUAAAGUUCUAAACGGAUUGGUAAAAGUUGCGCCGAGCUAUGAGGUUAUAAAAACCGUCAGCCAUGAAUAUUUCACAGCCAAUCUCGUCGGCUAUCGACAGCGUCGACUUCGACUUCCUGACUCCUACCGAGAUCAAAGCUAUUUCGGUCAAGAGGAUUGAGAACCCGACCACAUUUGAUAGUCUCCUGAAUCCCAUACCUGGUGGACUUUACGACCCAGCUCUUGGAGCUUGGGGAGAUUCAGUAUGCACAACAUGUAAUCUCUCUCAGCCGAAUUGUCCAGGCCACGUUGGCCAUAUUGACCUCCCGGUCCCUGUAUAUCACCCUGUUUUUAUGGACCAAGUCUUAAGAUUGCUUCGUGCGCAAUGCCAAUACUGUUUUCGCUUUCGAAUGCGACGGGCCGACUUGAGCCUUGUCGCUUGUAAGCUACGUCUUCUCCAAUUCGGUCUUAUAGACGCAGCCAACCACCUCGACGAUAUCACGGCCGAGACUACCGAUAUAGAAGUCGAAGAUGAAAAUCUUUCCGACGGCGAAGAAACCUCGGCGCUUGAUAAGAUCACUCGAAUGAGAGAAGCUUAUACCCAAACAACUCUCAAGAAUCACAGAAUAGGAACCGCUGAUAUCCGCAAGGGCAAGCAUGAAGGUGCAUCUGAAGCAAGGAGAGAAGUGCUCAAGAAUUUUUUAAGAGAUAUGACCAAGGGCAGAGCGUGCGCUACGUGCCAAGCGAUAUCACCAAGCUUCCGAAAGGAUCGGUUUGUCAAAAUUUUCGAGAAGCCACUUAGCGCCAAGGACCAGGCCAAAAUGGCGCAGCGAAACUUCGAACAUAGAGAUGCAUUAGCGAUAAAAAGGACGACCAAAGCAAAUGUCGCGAAGAAGCGUAGCUACGAGACAGAUGAAGGUAUCGCCGACAUUGAUCUACCAUCAAGCGAGGGAGAGCCCGACCAGGACAAUGACGAAGAAGAAGAAGAAGGAGAGGGAGAAGAGCUUGACGAAAAUGGCGAUGUGAUAAUGUCGGAAGGUGGUGAUGCUGCUGUCAGAGCCCCCAAGGCAAAGAAGGGCACAUCGGCCAAACCUCAGCAACGCUAUGUCAACUCGAUGGAGGUACAAGCUCGUUUGCAACUAUUGUUUGAAAAAGAGCAAGAAAUCAUGAGCUUGGUUUACAACUCGAGGCCCUCGGGCAAAAAACUCCCCGCCGACAACUUCUUCAUACAAACCGUCCUCGUUCCGCCAAACAGGUACCGUCCCGAGGCACGACAGGGUGAUGGAGGCAUUGCAGAAGCCCAGCAAAACUCCUUAUACAAGCAGAUUCUCACAUCCUGCGCCCGCAUUGCUCAAAUACAUAAGGAAAUCACUCAGCAGGCAAAAGAUCCCAAUUCUACGGCACGGCGGCGAGACAUGUCCGAAAUGCACGAAGCUUGUGUUCAACUGCAAGACAGCGUAAACUCUCUGAUUGAUCGCGAUAGAAAUCCUAUUCGUGGAGCCGCUGGGAAGAGGAAUGAGGAUGGUAUUAAGCAGAAGCUCGAGAAGAAAGAAGGUCUCUUCAGAAAAAACAUGAUGGGCAAGCGUGUCAACUAUGCCGCACGAAGUGUUAUUUCUCCAGAUCCCAAUAUCGAGACCAGCGAAAUAGGUGUUCCUCCUGUCUUUGCCAAAAAGCUAACGUAUCCGGAGCCCGUUACUAGUCAUAACUUUAGAGAAAUGCAACAAGCAGUUAUCAAUGGUGUCGACAAGUGGCCUGGUGCCGCCGCGAUUGAGAAUGAGAACGGUCAAAUUAUCAACCUGAAGAACAAAUCCGUCGAAGACCGUGUCGCCUUAGCCAACCAACUCCUUGCGCCGACGAGCCAAGAAUAUGCCGGCGUAAAAGGCAAAAAGGUCCAUCGCCACCUUGGAAACGGCGAUGUGGUGCUAAUGAAUCGUCAACCCACACUUCACAAACCCUCCAUCAUGGGUCAUCGAGCCCGAGUCCUACCUGGUGAAAAGACCAUUCGUAUGCACUACGCGAACUGUAACACGUACAACGCAGAUUUCGAUGGUGACGAGAUGAAUAUGCACUUUCCUCAGAACGAACUUGCUCGAGCCGAAGCGUUAAAGAUUGCCGACACCGAUCACCAAUAUCUAUCCGCCACUGCUGGAAAGCCCCUUCGAGGUCUAAUCCAAGAUCACUUGUCCGUGUCCGUUGCGCUCUGCAAUAAAGACACGUUUUUCGAUAAAGGCGCCUAUCAGCAGCUGGUAUAUGGUGCUCUGCGACCUGAGAGUGGUCAUAUCACAGCUGAGAGGUUGGAGCUUGUCCCGCCAGCCAUCUUCAAGCCUGCCAAGCGAUGGACAGGAAAACAGGUCAUCACAACCAUAUUGAAGAACAUGAAGCCUGCUGGCUGCGGUGACCUCUGGCUCACCGGCAAAUCCCAAUUAAAGCCUCCUUCUUGGGGCAAUUUCCUCGAGGAGAGUAAUGUGUUGUUUAGCGACGGCGAGUUUAUCACGGGUAUCCUCGAUAAGUCACAACUUGGUCCUAGUGCUGGUGGGCUCAUCCACUCGAUUCACGAGAUUUGGGGUCCCGAGGUUGCUGCCAAGCUGCUCAGUUGUCUAGGCCGUCUUCUUACCCGAUAUCUUAAUAUGCGCGCUUUCACUUGCGGUAUGGAUGAUUUACGACUUACGCCAGAGGGCGAGAAGAGCCGCAAAGAAAAGCUAAAAGCCGCCGACCAUAUCGGACUCGAAGUUGCUGCCAAAUUUGUCAGUCUUGCUGAUCGCCCCGAUAUUACUGGUACAGAUGAGCUGUUACUGGAACGAUUGGAAGAGGUUAUGCGCGACGAUACGAAGCAAGAGGGCUUGGAUCGCAUGAUGAACUCCCGAUCGCAGGAACUCUCUAGCGAAGUCAAUAAGACUCUUCCCGGAGGACUUGUGAAGCAAUUCCCGAAAAAUCAAAUGCAGUCGAUGACAACUUCUGGUGCAAAGGGAAGUAGCGUCAACGCGAACCUGAUUUCUUGCAACCUUGGCCAGCAAGUUCUUGAAGGUCGAAGGGUACCUCUGAUGGUCAGCGGCAAGUCGUUACCAUGCUUCCGUCCGUUCGAAACCAGUGUACGUGCGGGUGGUUACAUCGUAAAUCGUUUCUUGACUGGAAUCCGACCUCAGGAAUACUAUUUCCAUCACAUGGCUGGACGAGAAGGUUUGAUUGAUACCGCUGUGAAAACGUCACGUUCCGGUUAUCUACAAAGAUGUAUAAUCAAGGGAAUGGAGGGUCUCAAAGUUGCUUACGACACAUCUGUGCGAGAUGCCGAUGGAUCGAUGGUUCAGUUCUUAUACGGAGAAGAUGGUAUUGAUAUCACCAAGCAGAAAUACUUGACCGACUUCGGGUUUAUCCUUCGUAACCAAAUUUCUCAGGUCAAUUUACUUGGCAUUGGAGAGAGGGGAUGGGAUCAAGAAAUCUACGAAUCCAAAGACUACGCUCAGAAGUACCAAAAGAAAGCCAUUAAACAGGCCAAAGCGAACGAUCCGAAGGCCCUUGACCCUAUUCACACUGAGCUCAACCCCAACCGCCAUGCGUUCUCCACGUCGGAGAAAUUCUACGAGAAGGUCAACGAGUACAUCAAGAAAAAUCAAGAUGGCUUAAUAAAGGAGAAGGGUGAAAAGAAAUCAGACGCUAUGCUCAUCCCCCGCAAGUAUGCCGAGAAGAUAUUCCAUUCCAAGUAUCUUCACUCGCUAGUAGAGCCUGGCGAGGCUGUAGGCAUUGUUGCUGGCCAAUCCAUCGGUGAGCCUUCGACUCAGAUGACGUUGAACACGUUCCAUUUGGCUGGUCACUCGGCAAAGAACGUCACACUUGGUAUCCCCCGUCUGCGAGAAAUUCUCAUGACAGCUAGCGACCAUAUCUCCACACCUUCCAUGACACUAGUACUGAACGAAGAACUGUCAGAGGCAGACGGAGAGACGUUCGCAAAGGCCAUCAGCAUCCUUCCACUCUCGCACGUCGUUGACAAGGUCACGGUAAAGGAGCGUGUUGGAAAAGGUGUCGGCUACCGCUUGGCAAAGAUGUUCGAUAUUCACCUUCAGUUCUUCCCGUCUGCUGAAUACACGAAAACAUACGCCAUCAGCAUUUCCGAUGUGCUUAAUACCCUCGAGAUCAAGUUCUUGCCUGUGCUGGAGAAAUUGAUCAAGAAGGAAAUUAAGGCAAAGGUCGACCGAGAAGGCGGGUCGGUACCUGAGGUUGGUGUUAAAUCUGGUGUAGUCGAAGUAGCGUCAGGCAACCCCGAUGCUGUAGCUCGCGAUGAGGAUGAUGAUGACGAGGACGAGGACGAGGAUGACGCAACGAAUGCCAAGCAACGUGCAAACCGAUCACAGGCAGUAUCUUAUGGUGCGAACGACGAGGAAGAUGACGAAAUCCAGCAGCGAAUGGAACGAGAGGCGUCGCCUGAGGAUGAUGAGGAGCCCGAAGAUGAAGGAUUUGGCGGCAGCCCACCUCCACCCAGCGAUGACGAGGAUGAAGAAGGUAAUGUUAGCAAACGAGCGGGCGCCCGUGAGGGUCGCGUCAAGGAGAAGACGCAUGCCGUAUCUCGUUUUGCAUGCGAUGAAAAGAAGGGCGAGUGGUGCGAUUUCACGCUCGAAUACGAUUCCAACAUCCCUAAGAUCCUCAUGCUGAGCAUUGUCCAAGAUGCGGUCAAGAAAGCUCUUAUACAGCAAAUUGACGGGAUUAAGUCGUGCACAUUCGUGGCCGACGAGAAGAUAGUCGAUCCGCGAACUGGUGAGGAAGAGAAGAGAGCUGUGGUGCACACGACCGGUGUCAACCUCCGAGCCAUGCAGAAGUAUGGCGACUUUAUCAACCCUAAUAAAAUCCAAACGAACGAUAUUGCUUCAGUGCUCCAGGUGUAUGGCGUCGAGGCAGCACGCAACAGUAUCAUUCGGGAACUCGGGGGCGUUUUCGAAGGUCACGGUAUCGCGGUCGAUAAGCGACAUCUCAACCUCAUCGGAGACUACAUGACGAGGAACGGAGGGUUCACGCCGUUCAACCGCAACGGUCUGAAGGGCAACGUCAGUCCGUUCACCAAGAUGAGUUUCGAAACGACGUUGUCCUUCUUGAAGGACGCCGUUCUCGACGGAGACUGGGACGAUCUCACCACGCCGAGCGGCCGAAUCGUCAUGGGAAGGCUCGGCAAGAUCGGUACCGGAGCCUUCGAUGUUCUUCUCAAGACGCACCCGAAGAAUGGAAAGAACCACUUGGGUUGAGGAACCAUCAUCAUAGUUAAUGGAGUAUUUAAAAAAGAUAGGCGCAAUGGAUUUUUUUGAUUUUUUUUUUUCCCUGUCUUUCUCGUUCGAACAUUGGUUAGGAGUACAGUUGUAUUCUUAGUGUUUAGAUAUAGGAAAAUACCAGCUAUUUCGUUUUAAUUAUGCCUCUUAGUAUGAUGAAAUGCCGUGAUGUAAUCUGAUGAUGAGAAACUGCCUAAACCCCGUCCUUUGGUAAAUAUUAAUUUGGUACGAAACAUCCUAGACGUUCAAUAGGUAACAGGUACCUGAGAUAUUAGUUAAAUAGGUCGUUUUGCAACACGCCGAAUUCUCGUGCGUGGAAUAUCGCCAAGUUAUCGAAAAUCAAUAGUCCAUCCACCAUCACCACCACCACCAUCGUCCUACGAACUAUUCUCACGCCGACUGCGUCCGUUUAUAUAUAUCCACACUCACUCUCCCUAUUCUCUAAUCGUAUACGAUAGGUAGAAGUCAUAUAUUCCAAGCUCGUAGCUCAGACGUACAAUAGUCCCUUCCUGGAAGAGCACCUCACUAACUCAAGGACACAUGUUCAAAUAGUUAUAUCAGACAACCGAACUCCCCACCAUAGGUAUCUCCCUCUCC